UAUUUGACGCUCUGGCAGCAUUGUUUGCCUGCGCUCACUCCAUUUUCGCUUUUCGUUUUCAGAUGUAUAGAAACGUGCUCGCGGUGUGUGCAACAUGUGAAAAGUGAAAAAUAUCUAUGAUUGAAAACUAAUUAAUUAUAUUGCGCUGCGUUGUUGAAAAUAAUAUAAGAUGUCUACUUCGCUGCAACAACAAUUGCAGAGACUUGCAGUUCCACAGACAAAAGCUCUGCAGGAUGUGAAAUAUAGGGCGUCAAUCAUUUUCGAUCCAAAGGAAGCCGCUACAAAGGAUCGUCGUACAAUUUACGAUUUGGGCGUAAGUGGCUUACGUGAAUUGCAGAGCAUAAAUUCCACUUUUCGACAAUUUGAAACAACGCUCUUCUACGAGCCCACCUUAAGCUUGGAACGUGCAGUAGAGACUGCCGAAGUGAACGAAUUAUUGAAUCGAAAUAUAAAUAAGUUCCUGCAGUACUUAUCACCAUAUCUGCUAUUACGUCCAGCACAAUUGUGCCUGGAAUGGCUAUUGCGUCGUUUCCAUAUUCAUGAAUACAAUCGGUCGGCACUGUUCGGUUUAGCGUUGCCCUAUUACGAAACGCUUACGUUUACGUCCAUAUUGCAAACAGUGAAGCUGACAGCGUCCGAUCAGGAAUGGGGUUGGUUGCGCCCACUACAAAAGCCUGGUGUACCGCUCGCUAAGUCAACUAUAAUCACUCGCGCUGCUACCAACCCAGCUUUUCUGAAGUUCAUUUGCAAGACAACUGCAGAUGCUGUGCAAGAGUUGGGCAGUUGCUCUUACCUUUUGCAGACACAAAUAAAUUUCUACAGCACCGUUGUUGUAGGUGCACUGGAACAAGCCAAAAUUGAAGGAUGGCACAUAAAUAUUGUUUUAGCCUCUGUAAUAAAAGCAUUGAAAUCAAAACUACUGGACUUUAUGUCGGCUGGCUUAGUCGUGACAGCACAAUUGGUGACUUGUUGCAAGUUCAACCAAAAUGCCUGCAAUGGUCUUAUCAGGCACAUAGUCGGAGUACAGCACAAACAACUUCGUCGGACGGCUGUGAUGUUGCUCGUCUUUAUUUUUGAAACGCAACAUAACAUCCAGAACACUUACGAUAAGGAAGCUCUAUUUACCGUAAUAGGUUACGAUUGGUUUGUCAAAGAAUUGGAUGAUAUUAUUGGUGCGGGCGUGUCAGUGCAAGCACUUCUGGUACCACUUUUCGUCCAAUGCAGCAAUGCUAUUCAGCAGGAAAAAGAAAAUGGCUUGAGUUGUAUGGAAUUCAUUGAUGCUGUGGUUGAAUUGCCACUUCCGGACGUAGCUGUGCAACGUAUCAUAAACGCUUUUUUGAGUACCUAUGUUAUUCCUCCAGCAAAACAUCCAUUGGAAGCGGACGAGGUUAUAGAAAUUGAUUCCGAAGUUGAAGGCAUAGAUUUCGUUAAGUGGUUCUCGAGCAUUUUGUACAGAUUGGAAACAAGAUUUCCACGUGCCUUCGAUAUGGUUUUAAAAUCUGUGCUCAAGAAAGAUGAUGACAAAAGUGCUAGGCGUCAAGAAGCAAUUCAAUUGGCAAUACAAUUCCGCUUGAAAUCGACUGAUGCAUAUACUAGUGCCAUCUAUCAAAACCUAUAUCAUCAUAAUUCACAAAUGCGUAUGAUGGCCGUACAAAAUUUACGUAAAAAUCUUGAUAAUUAUAAGUCACGUGCACAAAACUAUCAAAUAUUGAAAGAAUGUUUAGUCGAUCGCGUACAGGACGACAGUGAAGAUGUGGUGGCAGAGGUUUUACAACUAUCGACAGAAGAUUUUAUUGAAAUACUUGGUCAUAAUAAAUUUUUAGAUGUGUUAUUCGAAAUUUUGCACAAAGCAGAAAUGGAUGCUGAACAUUGGGAAUCUCUUACCAAAUAUGCAGUGAACCACAUGGUUUCAUUAGAGCUGGUCAACAAUUGUGACUCAAAUCUUAUAUUGUUGGCGUUAAUGCCUUUGCUUUUACCAUCUAAUAAUAGCCAAAUAGCUAAGGAUAAUAUUGUCACAAUACUAGGGAGCCCACUAGCCAAUAAGUUGGUUUUUCUAAGGGAGCUAGACGUAGAUAAUAUUAUUACAACCGAUUUUGAUGCAGCUUCUUUCAAAAUACAUUUCUUGGGCGUGAUUGCCAGUCAUAUGAAAACACCAACUGUGACUGAAUUAUUUACUAGUGUGGAUGCACAUCAAAAAGGCUUCUUUCGUUCCGCAAUGGACGUUUCGCACAUAAUGUUGCUUGUUAUUGCAUGCCUCAAUCAAAGAUUGGACAGUAAUGAGUCGUUGAAAAUUUUUAAACAAAUUCGCAACUAUACAAAAGACUUUGAAAUCAAGCAUAUACCAUGUGAGAAUUGGCAAAAGUUUCGCAAACGUCCAUAUAUUCCACUGCGUUUAUAUAUCGAUUUCGUAUCAAAAGUUGUAGAGCAUACAAAUCUCUCUGAUGAUAUUUAUAACUGGCAAUUGCCAAACAAAGAUUUGGAAUAUUUGCUGUACAUCGUUAAUUUUAUAUCUGAAGAAGUGUUUCGAAAGGAAGGAGGAUCAUUUAGACAUGAGUGGUUGAAAACAAUUCAACAAAUUUUCGGUGUGGUUUUUCCGAGGCCAUAUACAGUUAUUGACUUCUUUGCUAACUUCUAUGUUUAUAGAGACUUGAAUUGUGAGAUAAAUUAUACACUUUUGCGUUUGAGAGCCUGCAUUUUAUUUUCUGCAUUGUGUCGGAAGUUAAAUACCACGCUCAAAUUUAAUUUGGUGCAAAUUCUUAAAAUUACAAUGGGUUUGCAUGCUUCUUCACAACUAAUACGCUUCCAAGCCAUAUCUGUCCUUUCACAAAUUAAAAAGCAUGCAAUAUUGGAUUCUAACUUGCUGUAUCUUGUGGAUACGUUUUUGUCACGCGAAAGAGAGAUCUUCACAUGUCAUGAACAGGCUCCACUUUUAUGGUACACACUGCUUAAACCAACAAAAGAAGAAGCAGAUGAAAGACUUGGAAUUCAACUUUUUAAGGAUAUUUUAAAAUUGUUCACAAUGCGUUUUUAUUUAGAGCACUCCGCAUUCAUUUCAGAAUUGCUUAGCGCAUUCAAGCAUAUUGACGAUAUGGAUGUAUUACAAGUUUUAAUGCCAUUGGCAUUCGAUGCCUUGGACCAUACAACUGACGACGGUACAUUGAAGGUUUUAGCCGCACCUUUCAAAAAUGUUUAUAAUCUUAUUAUGCAGCGAUUUGAAUUAGCCGAUUCUGCAGAGAUACUAAUGAAAUCUCCUGGUGCUUGGGAACUGUUUAAGAAAUCGUGUCAAAUGCACAAUGUUUAUCUGGUCUAUGACGAUAGAAUGCAACCCGUGCCCUGUUUACUUCUGAAUGUAUUAGAUGGUGUAUUUUACGGAAAAUUAAACAAGAACUCGCAGUUGAAGUUGUUUAAAUUGAUUUUACGAACACUGUACACCUCAGAUAAUGAUACAAUUUUUCAAGCUGCAAACAAAAUGUUUAACAAAUGCAUUUUUGAAGGUAACAUGCUGCGGGUUAUAUUACAGCAAAUGCUGGGUGAUUUGUUUAAAACGGGGAAGACGCCGUUGAAGCAGAAGCCAUCGGCAAUUGCAAAUGCAGCUAAACUUGAAUCAGAAAAAUUGCAAAUGCAAAUAACUACACAAGAGUGGAAGGAAGGAGUUAUAGUUCUUCAACUGUUGGAACAGAGAAAAAUAAUAUUGCAUACUGAACAGUUAAUAUCAGUGCUAUUUGAUUUGCUAAAAGUUUGUUUAGAGGUAGAAGAACAAAAUACUGUGGAAUAUGCAAAACAAUUAAUAUUAGCUAUAUUAUUGCAAUGCUGUGAAGUUUGCAAGGAGGAUGGUAUUGCAAUACAGGAAAUACUACCAGAAAAUACAUUCCGUAUCGAUCAUAUAGUUGAUUAUGUACGUUCAACACAAAAUCCACAAACACACCAUAAUGCAUUACUCUUGCUUGCUCACUGUGCAGCUCUAUAUCCGCAACAAGUGCUCCAUAAUAUCGUGCAAAUAUUUACAUUUGUUGGUUCAACAAUUGCACGACAUGAUGAUGCUUUUAGUUUUUACAUUAUAAACACUGUUGUUGAAAAAAUCGUGCCAAUAUUGUUGGAGCACGGCACAUCCGCUGCAGUAAGUGUAGAUGGUAUCGAUGGUCGUGCUAUACCAUUGUUGAAAGUGUUCUCAGACAUAAUGUUCGAUGUACCAGAACAUCGCCGGCUUUUGCUGUAUACUAAGUUCUUAAAAACACUCGGGCAUAAAGAGUAUCUCUGGAGCUUUUUGUGUAUUCUAUUUGAAGCGCACAUUACAGAUACUGAAAAUGAAAGGAAAAAAGGCAAACAGUCCGAUGUGGCUUCUAUAUUCCUAACAGUUAAAACAACUCGUUUUCUCUUUGCUAUAGACCUGGUCAAGUCACUUGAAACAAGCAUUAUUUUAGAGACAUGCUUACAAUUGCUUACGUACGUUACAAAUUUACCAUUGAGUGAGCAAAAUGCAGUUACUUCAGAUGAAAGUAUGGACACCGGAGAAGUCUCGCUUUACGAUGUGAAAUGUCACACAAAGAGACAAUUCCGUCAUUAUAAAUAUCUGAUUAUAGAGUUUUUGCAUAAUAUAACAUGCGAACAUUCAGUAAUGUUAAAAAUAGCUAGGCUAACAGAUGAGGAACAGCUAGAUAUGAAAACUCUAUAUCAAAGUUUAGUAGUGAAAAUAUUAACUUAUAUACCCAAAGUCAAAUCGACUAUUGCAGAACAAACAGAGGGGCAUGAAUUAAAAUUAAAUAAAGCUAUAUUGAAUUAUCUUCACGAUCUGCUCGAGAACGUCAUAUUAAUGCUAUCUCCAAAUCUUUUCCUAAUGGUAAUUAAUGGCUUAGUGUUGCAUAAUAUCUAUAGUAUACGUCGUAAAGUAAUGGAAUUGCUAAUAAAUAAGUUGCUGACCAAGGAUACUUUCUUUAGUGGUCAGUUCAAUGAUGAAAUUUCUAAACUUUUUGAGCCAUUCAACACCAUUGUCGACACAAUAGGAAGGAAAACCGAGGAACCGAAUGGUGAUGCUGCAGCGCAUCCAAUAAAUACUAAUAACGAUGCUAUACACAUGCAACAAACAACCCUUAUAUGCAUUAAGGUACUAUCAAAAGCUUACGGAACUGAAUUUAUUGAGGAGUUCAAAGGUUUACUUGCUAAAAUAACGAAAGUUUUGAAAUUGCGUAAAAAUAUGCCACGCCUUUUAACUAGUGCUGUCAUUAUAACUAUUGCCGAAAUCGCAUCUAAUUUGAGAGUUCAUUCGUUAGCGUAUUUGCCAAGAUUUAUGCCCUAUUUAAUUAAUAUACUGCAAGAGCAGACAGCACUGUUGGAGAGUCAACCGUUAGAUAAUAGCUAUGCAGCACUUGUAUUAAGUUUCUUGAAGCUAAUGGAGGCUAUACCAUUGUUCUUAAGCCCAUAUAUGGUCGAUAUCAUAACAUCAAUGAGUUUAAUAUCAGUUAAAGCAGCUCAGCAACCCGAAAAUGACCAUUCCGCUGGUAUACUACAAAAAAUUUCAGCAAUUUGGAAAGCAAUUGCAACAAAAAUUCAAUCUCGCGUCACAGUGCCAUUUUGUGAAGACGUCUAUAAUCGUCUGAUAGAAAGUCAUCAAUAUUCUCAUAUCAGUGAGGUCAUGAAGUUAUUAUCAGUAAUAAUUACUGAAACAAGCGCUGAAGAUUGGGUUACCGUACAAAUCCAAUUAACAGAUAUUUUCAUGCAGGCGAUUCAAUAUCGUGUAUUGGUGAGUGCACAUAUGGUGGACGACAGCUCAGCUAUACAAAUUCAGCCGACUGAAACUAUAAUGCUGGACACGCUUGUUACUUGGAUAAUGAAAUUAACAGAAGUCAAUUUCCGUCCUGUAUUCCAAAGAAUUUAUCAGUGGGCAUUUAAAUCUGAAAGCGCUAGCAAAGAGACGCAUUUGACAUUCUAUUUAUUCGCACAAAAGGUAUCAGCAGCUCUUCAAACACUUUUUGUGAUUUAUGCUGGUGAAAUUGUUGAAGAUACAGCUGGACUGCUAAAAGUGUACAAUGUAACAAUAAAUUCCACUAAAGAAAACAAAGAAGAAGAUGAUUUCCAAGCUGAGCUAUUAAUGGCAAUUUUUGGUACAUUGUGUAACGUUUUCAGGCAUCAUAGCAGUAAUGUAGUCAGUACCCGUCGUUUCGAUCUGCUUAUACCAGCGAUUGUGGAUCAAAUUGAAAAUCGUGUGGUAUUAGAAAGUGAGGACCUAGAAGCUCUACUGAUUCUUUGUAUUUCCGAAUUAGCUGGAGCUGCAAACAAUGAUUUGCUAGUGAAGCAAUUAAAUCAACAGGUUAUGUUGAAGUCGCGCAUAUCCAGUUCGGAUGUGCGUAUACUUACAUUUAAUUGUUGUGUUGAAAUCGCACGCAAGUUGGGUGAUGCCUUUACUCCAUUACUACCGGAGACGUUGCCGUUUAUAGCUGAACUUUUGGAAGAUGAUAAUGUGCGUGUAGAAAAAUGUGUUAAGCGUUGUAUACAUGAUUUGGAAGGUAUACUAGGCGAGUCGUUACAGAAAUAUUUUUAAAUUAAAUAUUUAAUUAUCUUUUUCAAUUGUUCUUCCCUUCUUACUAUAUUAUUACA